AUCAUGUCUGAUCAUGUGAAACUGAACCCUCGGACUCGGCGUAUGUUGGCCUAGCCCUAGCGGAAUUAAAGGCUAAGAAAGAAAUAUAGGGUAGGCAAUGCAGAAACUGAUGAUACUAGGAGUAUUGUAAGAACUCGUUGGUCAUGGCAAAGACACAUCAUCAUAAUCCUGGUCAUGGUGACUCUGCAUGCUGUACACACCCAUCCCCUACUCCCUCACUGACUCAAACACUGGAUGAAAUGGACUGGGACAGGGGAAUCUGGUCUGCUGCCCUCUGUGGUGAUCUGUCAAGAGUUGAGAAGCUACUGUCGUCUGGAUGCAGUGUAAAUAGUGUGGAUAAAUCGGGGUACACAGCUCUGCAUUAUGCUUGCCGCAAUGGACACAAAGACGUCGUUUCCAAUUUACUCCAACAUGGAGCUGAUCCAAACCUUCAAACCAGGUCAGGUCGAGCAAGUCCUUUACAUAGAGCUGCCUAUGGUGGUCAUGUUGAUAUUGUAUCUCAACUUCUCUGUGCCAAAUCUGAUGCCACUCUGGUAGACAGCGAUUCGAAGACAGCUCUUCAUAAGGCUGCAGAACAAGGCAAUAUAGAAAUCUGCAAGAUGCUUCUCAAAGCUCAACCCAGUAUGAAGACUGCAGAAGACCACAGAGGACAGACACCCCUAGACUGCAUAAAGAAAGACUAUGAUCCCGGACUAAGACAGCUAUUAUCAUGACAGUCUAUUCUUCUUGAUGAUCUGAAAUGCAUUGCAGGUUACUCAUGUACAUAGAAAUAUAGUUUAUUUAUAUAUAUCAUGUUGGUAAUAAUUUAUAGUUCUAAGAGAAGAUUUCCUUUGUAUCAUUAUAUUCAGCUGUGUGAGAGAUCAGCUUUUCAGCUGAUUUCAAUUCUUUUUUUUUCAGCGUCUGUGCAAAAUUAUUUAAACUUACGCAAUGCAAUGUAGCGUCUGUGCACAAUUAUUGAAACUUAUGCAAUACUGGUUAUUUUUUUGUCUCGCCCACCAGAGGUGAAGGCGAGACUUAGGGAUCAAAAUGUCCUCCGUCAUCCGUCCGUCACAAAUCUGAUGACUGAUAACUCCAAAACCGUAAGUCGCUCUUCAACCUAACUUGGAUGGUAGAUGGACUUGGGGGACCUUCAUGUUAUGCUGCAGUCGGAGGUCUCAUAGUAAGGUCAAAGGUCA